CAGCAGCUCUGACGAUACAUUGCAAGCAUGGCCGGGGACAGCGAAACUCACCCAAAGGACCGUGUCGAGAACACCAACAACAUUAUCCGACAACCUUUUCUCAUCGGUGUCUCCGGAGGCACCGCUAGCGGGAAGUCGUCCGUGUGUGAGAAGAUCAUGGAGCUGCUGGGCCAGAACAAGAUCGUCCACCACCAGCGGCAGGUGGUGAUCCUCAGCCAGGACAGCUUCUACAAGGUGCUGACUGCAGAGCAGAAGGCAAAAGCACUUAAGGGCCAUUUCAACUUUGAUCACCCAGAUGCCUUUGACAGUGAGCUGAUGAAGCAAACACUCAAACAAAUCCUGCAGGGUGAGACUGUCCAGAUCCCAGUUUAUGACUUUGUCACUCAUUCCAGGAAAGAGGAGGUUAUUACGGUGUACCCGGCUGACGUGCUCCUGUUUGAGGGCAUCCUCAUGUUCUACUCGCAGGAAAUCAGAGAUCUGUUCCAGAUGAAGCUGUUUGUCGACACAGAUCCAGACACACGGCUCUCUCGCCGAGUUCUUCGAGACAUCAGUGAGCGUGGGAGAGAGCUGGAACAAGUGCUGGCUCAGUACAUCACUUUUGUCAAACCAGCCUUUGAGGAGUUCUGUUUGCCAACAAAGAAGUAUGCAGAUGUGAUUAUUCCACGAGGAGCAGAGAACCUUGUGGCCAUCAACUUGAUAGUACAGCACAUCCAAGACAUUCUGAACGGCGGACAAAGCAAGCGGCAUAACGGCUGCACUAACGGCUGCACGAACGGCCACAGUACUCCACGUCAGCGACGGACCUCGGAGUCCAGCAGCCGGCCUCAUUGACUUGGUCACACCUCUCUUCACAGGCGGAGAGGGGUGUGGAGGCGUUGCGCUGUAAAGAAUGCCUGUUGGCAUUCUUGUAUUGGAAGAGAGGGAAAAAGAGAUGCGAAAAGAAUUGAAAUGCCUUUUAUUAUGACUUCUCUUGUUAUUGGGUACUUUCAUUGUAAUUAUUGAACUUGGAAUUUUUAUUUUUUUUUUGUCAGCGUGUUAAGAGGAGUUGUUGUUCUUGUGAUGAGACCAUGGGUUAAAAGUGACCUCAUGCAUUUUCCUCCCAAAUUACAUUUUGUUUUUUAUGUAUCCCCUGCUGCUCCAUGGUAAAUCGUGCCGCUAAUGAAUAAAAGAGGGCAACCCUUUUUCUUUAUUGCAAUCUCUGAUAAAACUUGAAUCCCUAACAGCAGGGGAGACUGAUACAUGUUUGGUUGGGUGCCAGACGAGAAGGAUGCAAAUUACAACAUGAGUUAAAGAAACCAGGAUUGCACUCUGUAUUUGUACCGACAAUCUUGGGAGUGUUUCCAAUGCUUUUCUUGGUAUUUAAGUCCCCUCGUCUUGUGUUUCACUCUGUUUACUACAAAGUACCCACCACACUGACUCUGUACAAUGACUGCUGCAGCAGCGGCACGCUACAUUAUUUUAAGCACUGAUUGUCAGGUGCAGAAUCAUGUGACAUCCAGAUCAAUGAAGCCAAAGGCUGGGAGGUUCAGCUGACCAUUGUGUUCACCCAGUCGAGUGUGGGUACUGUUGCACUUUAGGGAUACACUCGCCUUCUAAUUAAUUACAGUGCUGAUGACUCCCUAUCAAAACUAAUUUACACAAGCACUAUUUUGUUAAUGAGAACUAUGAGAUGGUUCUUUAAAUAUGGAUGUAUGAUUUACUUAAAUAUUCCUAAUUUUCAAUGGAUAGACUAGCAUUCAUGAGAGAGCCCUUGAAAAUACGAUUAAGAUAUGUAUAUACUCAGGUUGGAAAAAACAUUUUCAAAUGCCAGAAAAGAGUGUUCAAUGCCACAGCAGUAUUAGUUUUCCCAGGUGUGUGGCCAUUAACCACCAAAACCCACCACAAUGCCUCUGCAAAGUUGCCUCAGGUUAACAUGUACAGUAAGGAUCCAUGCUAAAAGCCAGUUUAAAGGUAUAAUAAACUCUCGAAUCAACUUUGUAUUCCACUUGCUGUAUUUAUUGUGUAUAGAUGAAUGAAUGAAUUUGUACCAGGAGAUUUGUACUGUAGGCUGUGGAAUGACUUAUUACAAUGAGACAAUUCCUUAAUGGUUAAUAAAGUGAUGCAGCCGAGUG